UUGUGCACAACAAAAAGGAAUUCGAUUCCCAAAUUUGUUCCGAUGGCGUAUCUAUAUCGUUGGUAAAGUGAUUGUAAUUGUGAAUACAAUGUUAUUUUUGUUGUUCUCAUUUUGUUAGGUGAAUUUGCGUAUAUUCAGCAAGCGAUAUCACUGGGAUGCGAAACAAGGCCGACGUAAUGCAAAAGCCGAACGAAUCACACGAUUGUUUACUUUCGAAGAGCAAGCUGAUCGUAAUCGAAUUGCAGCUAUGAUUGGUGAAAUGCCAUCGCCAAAAGGACCAUCAUGGCGUUCGUACAUUGAACAUCGAUUACGUGUAAUGAAUGAUGGCAUUGAAACAUAUUCAACCAAACAGUAUACACGCUUAGGACUGGACAAGUAUAUCGAAUCGGUUCGUGCAAUCGACAAGACGGCAUGCAAAAUGGUUCACAAUCAACCCUCAAUCUUCUACAUGGGAGCCAGCGGAUCAACACCAGCUAAUUCACUAAUUAAGAUUAAGAAACAUGUGCGAUGUCCAGGCACACGGAAGCUGCUUGCAGCCAUUAUGAAACGUGGCAAUUGCAUCAUUCGAAUGGUCGAUGAAUACAUGACAUCACAACAUUGUCCAUUGUGUUUCAAACGAUUUCCACUAGAAACUCGACGUGAUCGAUACAAGACAUGUGUGGGUUGUGAACCAAAUCCAAUUGUUGGCUUACCAACACUCAUUGUAACCAAUGUAAGCAAACGAUUACUACAAAUGCGACGAACAAUUGAACGAAUGUGGCGCGAGAUGCGAGAUAUGGGCGAUGUCAUUGCUGCAACUCUUCGAGAUGGACCGAAUGCAGGUCGAUUGGUGUCAAAGAAGCAACGCUUCUUCAAAACAUGGCUACCAAAUGUCACAAACUUUGAAAUUGAGGGAGCUGCCGGAGCACGACCAACGCUCACAAGUGUAUGGCAUCGUGAUAUCGCUGCAGCGGAGCUGAUCCUCUACAAAGGUGAAUGCGUGGUGUUCAAGCGGACAAUUCAUCCAAAUGUACGGAGACCACGCCGUGUUGUCAACAAUCAGCCAUUGCCGUUGUAUCGAGGUCAGAAUCAGAAUGUCAACAAUGGACAUCUGCAGCUGCAGUAGUAGCAGCCUUCCAAGGGAAUGGCACGUAUAUGAGAGACAUGUCGACGUGCCAAAC